AUGGUUCCCGCAAGGCCGCCACUCACCAGUCUCCAUGAUGUCGUCCUUGAAUACAUCACUGUCAACGCCUAUGCCUCUACCGCUCGAGCUCUCUUCAAUUCCAAUCAGGGAUCUUUGACCGGUAGCUCUGAAUUUGCACGGCUUCCUGUAGAUGGGUUGGGUCAGCCCGGGCCGUCGAAUGGCAUCACAAAGAAUGGGGCUGGGAACGGGAAUGUGCAGGGUGACCAUGGGGCCGAGGAAGGCAUGGAUGUCGACGAUGGGAACGUCGAUGACGAGGAAGCGGAAGAUGAGUUUGCCCACAAAGGGGAGAUCCCGGCAAGCAGAAUCGUCAUCGAUAAAGACAUGCUGCAGUCAAUCGAGCGUCGUCGAGAGAUACUCGACCACAUCCUGAACGGCUUCAUAGAGAGAGCUGUCGAGACGCUUCAAAAUCAUUUCCCAGACGUGCUCCGGGAUGUGCCCGAGGAACCCUCCUGGUCCACAUAUCACAGCGAUAGUACCGCAAAUUGCAAUGGCGGUACCCGCCUGCACGUUUCGCGAUCUCUUCAAUGGGAUAAUCAAGCAUCCCAUGAUACUCCCGUGUUCAACACUUCCAGCGACCCAUCACACGUGCGGCUCAACCUGCAGAUCCAACAGUUCAUCGAGUCAUUCCGGCAACUGAACCCCGGGUCAUCUACUUCCUCUCCCGCAUCUUCUAUAUCGUCCCUUGCCAACUCUCAGAUGAUGAACGGCGGAGGAGGCGUGACGCUCACGCAUGCUUUGACAUCGGCGCAGGGUCUGCACGCUGAAGCGAAGAAGCUGAAACCUGAAGUACGUGCAGUGUACAUGCAGGAGAUUAAAGAUGUGGGUGCGCUCUUUGCGUAUGAGAAUGUGGAACAGAGUCCUCUUGGGGGAUUUGUGAAACAAGAGCGUAGGAUAAGGCUUGCUGAGCAAGUGAAUCGGGCGAUCCUUGAAUCAAAAGGGACACCGGUAGAGUCACAGCUGGAAGAAUACACCAAACGGACACAAGCUAUAUACGCGUUACUGGGAGAGCAUCGCGUAGAUGUACAGCCGCCGUGGACCAGUGCGGAUGGUGCGGCCAAGGAACACGUAGCUGAAUUCUGGAAAUACUACGGCGAGCGGCCAUUCAGCCUUCAAGACUUUCUAGACUUUUCAUGGUGA